AUGGAGGGACACAAUGGAGGAAGAAAGGAGGAAAAUGAAAAUGAAUAUUGCGAAGAAAUUGUGAAAUGGAAAUUUGGACCGGCGAGUCUAGAACGUCUGCACAACAUGUCACUGAAGGGUGGAAGGCCACCCUUGGAAAUCCUGCCAAUCAAAGUUCGCCACGCCCACCACUGCCACGUCAUCCUCCGGAAGAUGGAUUCAGCCAAUUGCACGCUGCAGAGGAAGCACGUGAUCGUUGACGUCAGUGAUGACGUUGCUCUGCGAGAUAUCUUCAGACAGGUGGGUGGUGGUGUGGUAUCGGAAUGA